CGUCGCGCUAGGUGAGCCGGCUCCGGAGCCCAGGCCGCGGUCAUGGGCACCCUGGGCAAGGUCAGAGAAGCUCCGCGGAAGCCUGCCCAUGGUGGCAGAUCUGCUCCCAAAGCGAGACUAGAGGCAAAGCCACCCAGCAGCCCCAUCCCCUCCCAUCCCAGCCUGGCUCAGGUCACCCAGCUCCGAAUGAUGGUGUCUCUGGGACAUUUAACCAAAGGAGCCAGCCUGGACGAUCUCAUUGACAGCUGCAUUCAAUCUUUCGAUGCAGAUGGAAACCUGUGUCGAAGCAACCAGCUGCUGCAAGUAGUGCUGACCAUGCACCGGAUUCUCAUCUCCUCCGCUGAGCUGCUGCAGAGAGUGAUCACCCUCUACAAGGAUGCCUUGGCGAAGGACUCGCCGGGGCUUUGCCUGAAGAUCUGCUACUUUGUAAGGUAUUGGAUAACCGAAUUCUGGGUCAUGUUUAAAAUGGAUGCCGGCUUGACCAACACGGUGGAGGAGUUCCAGGAGCUAGUGAAAGCUAAUGGUGAGGAGUUACACUGCCGCCUAAUUGACACAACUCAAAUCAAUGCCCGGGACUGGUCCCGGAAGCUUACUCAAAGGAUAAAAUCGAAUACCAGCAAGAAACGCAAAGUCUCUCUACUCUUUGACCAUCUGGAACCAGAAGAGUUAUCGGAGCACCUCACCUACCUUGAGUUCAAGUCCUUCCGAAGGAUAGCUUUCUCGGAUUAUCAGAAUUACCUGGUGAACAGCUGUGUGAAGGAGAACCCCACCAUGGAGCGCUCCAUUGCCUUGUGCAACGGCAUCUCCCAGUGGGUGCAGCUGAUGGUUCUCAGCCGCCCCACCCCGCAGCUCCGGGCAGAAGUCUUCAUCAAGUUCAUCCAGGUGGCCCAGAAGCUGCACCAGCUACAGAACUUCAACACACUGAUGGCUGUGAUCGGUGGGCUGUGUCACAGCUCCAUCUCCCGGCUCAAGGAAACAAGUUCGCAUGUCCCACAUGAAAUCAAUAAGGUCCUGGGUGAGAUGACAGAGCUGCUAUCCUCCUGCAGAAACUAUGACAACUACCGGCGAGCCUAUGGGGAGUGCACCCACUUCAAGAUCCCCAUCCUGGGGGUGCACCUCAAGGACCUCAUCUCCCUCUAUGAAGCCAUGCCCGACUACCUGGAGGGUGGGAAGGUGAACGUUCACAAGCUGCUGGCCCUGUACAAUCACAUCAACGAGCUGGUCCAGCUGCAAGACAUGGCCCCACCACUGGAGGCCAACAAGGACUUGGUGCACCUGUUGACGUUAUCCCUGGAUCUCUACUACACGGAAGAUGAAAUCUACGAGCUGUCCUAUGCCCGGGAACCCAGGAAUCACAAAGCCCCACCACUAACACCUUCAAAGCCACCAGUAGUGGUGGACUGGGCCUCGGGAGUCUCUCCGAAGCCUGAUCCUAAGACCAUAAGCAAGCAUGUGCAGAGGAUGGUGGACUCUGUCUUCAAGAACUAUGAUCUCGACCAAGAUGGCUACAUCUCUCAGGAAGAGUUUGAAAAGAUUGCUGCGAGUUUCCCCUUUUCCUUCUGUGUGAUGGACAAAGACAGGGAGGGUCUCAUCAGCAGGGACGAGAUCACAGCCUACUUCAUGCGGGCCAGCUCCAUCUACUCCAAGCUGGGCCUGGGCUUUCCUCACAACUUCCAAGAGACCACCUACCUGAAGCCCACCUUCUGUGACAACUGUGCUGGAUUUCUCUGGGGAGUGAUCAAGCAAGGCUAUCGAUGCAAAGACUGUGGGAUGAACUGCCACAAGCAAUGCAAAGAUCUGGUGGUGUUCGAGUGCAAGAAGCGGGCGAAGCACCCAACAGCUCCCACAGACAGCAGCUCCGCUGUGGGGCCGACGGCCGGGCUUUGCCCGCUGGGAGCCAAAGAUGUGCUCCAUGGGCCUGAAGAGGGACCUUUUAUGUUUCCCAAUGGGGAGGCUGUGGAACACGGUGAGGAAAGUAAAGUCCGGACCAUCAUGCUGAUGGGUGUGUCCUCACAGAAGAUUUCUGUUCGCUUGAAGAGGACUGUCACCCACAAGGCCACCCAGACUGAGCCACUGCCCUGGAGUGGCAGGGACGGUCCUCCGGGUCCUCUUGUUCUGUCCUCCCCAAGGAAGACAGCCCAGGAUCCGCUGUACCUGCUUCCCAGCCCCACGUCACCGUGCCCCAGCCCAGGCUUAAUCCGAAAACGGGCCUUUGUCAAGUGGGAGAACAAAGAAUCCUUCAUCAAGUCCAAGGAGGAACUCCGUCAUCUCAGACUCCCAAGCUACCAAGAACUGGAACAGGAAAUAAACACUCUGAAAGCGGAUAACGAUGCCCUCAAGAUCCAACUGAAAUACGCACAGAAGAAAAUCGAAGCCCUCCAGCUGCAAAGAAGCCGUGAUCACGUCAUAGCUCAGAUGGACCAGGGCGACUGUUCCUAACGCAGACGGCUAAGGAGCACAAAGCGGUAGCAGCGCGUCCCGAGGAUCUCGGCUCCUGUGCUGAUUGGCACCACAUGGAGACCCAGGGAAUCUAGACCAGAGACUGACCUGCCCUUAAAAGGCUACUGUGUAAAGGAAAAUCCAGUUACCUUUUGACCUAAAAGAUUCCUAAGGUGUGACAGUUUUCUUUCAGUCAACUGAAUCAAGGAGGAAGAAUGCGGUUAUGUUUGCCAUUCAAACCACCUUCCCCGGCCCGAGGCUGACAUCAACAGUGCUGGAGACUCGACUGUAGUUUCCUGACUCCCAAGUGGCCAGCUUCCUUAGAACUAAAAUCCCUGGGGAAUGAAUUUACUUCCUUUUCAGUUUUCCCAAGAAUUAAGAGAUUUCCUUUGUUCCAUCCAGUCAAAGCUUGAUUUGGAAAAACACCCAUAUUCCAAAGGAGAUCUACUUCCUCUAAAUCCCAGCAUUCUUUAUGAAUCUGGUCCGUUUUUCACUACCUCAGGCCUAAUCACUUAGCCUCUCACCCCUCCUUCCUCCACUACACUCAUCCAUACAGGACAACUACCUGAACUGCUAGAGAUGGAGUGACGACUUUUAAACAAUGUGGCCACAUAGAGUUGGAAGCCCUAGUUUUAGUCCCACAGCCCUAAAGUAACCAAAUUGAGUACCUAGAAAACAGCUAACACCGUCACACACGACUGGCUGACUGGCUAACAUGAACACAGUGCACACGUCUGCCAUCAUACAUUCAGUACAUAGAACCGGGAAUUUGGGGCUUUAAAAAAAAUCUGUGAAGAGUCAAACUCAUAUUCCAUCUUAUCUUUUUCUAAGUGUGCUGUCAAAUUUUUCUUUUGAACUGAAUUUGUGCUGAAAGCUAUUUUAAUGAUCGAUACUUCGAAAUAAGCUAACUGAAUCAGCGGCAUCAGUAACAGUUGACCGCAUGUACGUACAACAUGUACACAGUGUGUCUAGACUCUAUCAGGCAUGUUGCCUAGAGUUUGGUUUCUACCUUCAUAAAACGUGGACAUGACUUUAAUAAUUUCAGUCAUUCACACAUGCUCACAAGUAGAAACUUCAGUUUGUUACAAGAACUCUCACAAUGUAAAUUGUACCAAGCUUGGCAAAACCCCAGUAAUAGUCCCGUGCAUUAUCUGUCGACCAAGAUUAAAUGAUAAACAGGCUCAUUUAGCAACUGUCCACAAACUCGCCUGUCAACUUAUUUCCCUACAAAAGUUCAUCUUUGAGGGGGACGUGUGAGGGUGCCUUCCAUGCUCUGGAGUACUUCUUGAGAUUCUGACCCAGAUUGACUAAUUACCAUGAAUAUGGUCUUAAAAACCAAGUUUCAAGUGUAGAACCAGUAGGUCCAAAUCUUAAUGAGAAGACAGAGUAUACAUACAGUGUUGCUGACUCGGGGGGAGACAGACCACGGAAGGGUCUCUGAUGAAAAGCGCACUUUCUUGUAGACUAUGGUAGUUGGUUCUAGGGGCAUAAAACUAGCAUUUAGUAUUAAACCUUUCAAGUGUUUCAUUACACUCUAUAGAAUCGCUAAAACACACCUUUACUAUUUUGUAGUUACUUGGUAUCAUUAUAGGGCAUGCAAGAGGACAAACACAAGUUUAAUGACUUUAAAAAUCAUUUUCUUGCUUUUCUUUUCUUGGGAUACAGACCCAAGAGGGUAGGGCUCAAUUUCUUUAAACAUGGUCAUAUAAGCAGUUCAAAAGAAAAUCUUUCUUCUUAUCUUCCGUUCAAAAGACACCCCCCCUCCAGGUUGUUUUACAUGUGCAAGCUUUAAAAAUUCAAAAGCAUACACUCUUAAUUAAUCAAUUUAGAGUUGUUGGGUGGAAAGGGGGUAGGGAGGGGGGCUUUUGGCAUUCCAGAAUUUAUCCUUCAAAUGGAUAGGAGGCAGCAAUUUCAUCCUAAGGUUUUACAACCCAGCAAGGGGCUAGAAAUUGUGUGAAUACAGGCUGGUUGCACAGAGCUGCAUAAGGCUCACAGACCCUAUAGAAACAGCUCCUCACGCCGAGGGUGCCAUUGUUUGCCUGUCAAGCUGUUACUGGGUACUGUCAAGGAGACUCUGACGCAGUGACUCCAUGUGUCAGAGUGGAAUGACCCCACAGGCUCAUCUCAUACGGACUCGAAGUCAGUCAACUAUCUGCCAAAGCAAGGUCUAAUCUUGUUUUAUUACAGCAAUUACACUUCUCAUUUUCUCUUCUAGUUGUUGAUUUACUUUUUACUGACCAUCUGUGAAUUUGUGUCUAAAGAUGUAUAAUGUAAAAGAAUCGCAAGGAAAAAACUGUAUAGAUUGUAAAGGUUUUUUGAUACCUACUGUAAGUUUUCUGUGUAAUAUUUAUAUGAUAAAAAACAUUAGGAUCCCUAGAA